CGAUGCCAGGGCUUGAUCCACAACGUAUUAGUUGUUCCCUACAAGACUGAGCCUAAUCCUUAUCGAUUAUCGUUCACCAACAUCGGAUCAAUAUGCUCACCCAGGCAUCCACAAAUUUUACGCCUUCAAUUGAUGAGUGUUUGCUAACGGAAUUCUUUUUAUAGCAUUGCGUAUAACGGAUAAUGAUUCGGAAGUCCUCAAGCGGAUGCGGAAGCUUUGAUAAUGCAUUCGUGCUUUGUCGUGGCUCACGUUCACCAGAGCCCCAACAAAGCGUUUAUGUAUGAACCCCAGAAGCCUCUGUCCACUGAAAAGGCACAAUGCCACUCCCACCUCCAGGAAUCUUAUAUAGUCCUGCCUGAAUGCCUUCCUGAUAUCAUCAUUACCCCAAGGAGAAUCAGGCGUUUCGCCUCGACAACAUCGAAUAGAACUCUCAUUCAUAUUCUUCUAUAAUCAAGUUUGAAAUGUCUCCUACCAAGGUCUAUGUUUGCUCUCAGGCGAAGUGCGGCGAAACUUUUACCAAGUUUACGGAAUUCAAGAGGCAUGAGGCUGGACAUGCAGAAAACGUGCGCAUUUGCACCUUUCCCGGAUGUGACUUUGCGACGCUGAUAAAAAGAAGCUUUGAUAUCCACUCCGCGAAACAUGCCGGUGAGCAACGCUAUAGCUGUCCUCAUGAUUGCACCUUCAGGACCCACGACCCUUCUGCCCUGACGCGCCAUCGCAAAACGAAACAUGGAUAUGUUCCUUCUCCGCGCAGCGGACGCGGGGGUGUUGCUUCCCCAUCCACAUCAGACAGGACCCCAUCGUCCCAGUCCUCUGCUCCGUCUUACCGAUCCCACCCUUACAGCCAAGACCCGUCGUUGGUCUUCUAUGACCCGGUAGAUACUGAAGACGAUUUUACCAUGUUUAGCAAACCCGCGACGAUGGCCAACGGGUGGACGGAGGGCUGCAUGUGCCCCGAAUUGAUGCAAAGACGCCCUUCGGAGAUACUGGGUUAUGCAUACAGGCAAUAUUAGUUUGCAUAAACUUGAAAGGUGGCUUGUGUUUGUCGACGGUGAAACCCUCUUUUUGGUAUAUCUAUCUAUCAUUUUUCACUUAGAAACACUUGACAAUGUUGUCUAUAAAAACUAACACUAUUUCAUAAAUGUACCAGUAAUACGCUAUUUAUGUUCCCCAUGAGCCCCU